AGCCGUUUUAGAGAUGAUUUUUUAAUUUUUAUUCUAUAUUUGUUGUUCUUUUACUAUUUGUUUUUAUAUUACGUAUUAUCAGAAAACAAAAAAAAAUAUUAAAAAAAAAAUAAUUUGAUAAAGUGAAAUUUAAUUUCUUUACGUUGUAUAAAUAAGAUCAAAUUAUUAGUGUUUUAUAAUUUAUUUAUUAUAUUGUAUUAAUAUAUUGUACUAAUCGUUUUCAAAAAUAAAAAAAAUGGUAGCUGGAAAAAUAGCUUUUGUAACAGGUGCUGGAAGCGGUAUAGGUAGAAAAGUAUGCCAUAUUUUGGCAAAACAAGGAGCUAGUGUUAUUGCUACCGAUCUAAACUUAAAAAAUGCUGAAGAAACUAUUAGAUCUUUAAAUGAUACCAAACAUUUAGCAUUAAAUGUAGAAGUCUUAAAUGAACAAAGUAUUAAAGAAGCAUUUAAAAAUGCAAUAAAUAAAUAUUCAACUCCACCUACUAUUAUAGUUAAUUCUGCUGGUAUUACAAGUGAUCAAUUCAUUUUGAAACUUACUAAUGAGGAUUUUGAUAAAGUACUUAAUGUGAAUUUAAAAGGAACUUUUUUUAUAAUUCAAACAGCAGUAAAAGAAAUGAUUAAUGCUAAUGUAAAUAAAGGUGGUUCAAUUAUUAAUAUAAGUUCUAUUAUUGGAAAAAUAGGAAACAUGGGACAAGCCAAUUAUGCUGCAUCAAAAGCUGGAGUAAUAGCUCUUACAAAAACUGCUUCUCUCGAAUUUGGACAAUUUGGAAUUCGUGUUAAUACUGUGCUACCAGGUUUUAUAGAAACUCCUAUGACAAAAACUAUACCUGAUAAUAUAAAGGAAUUAUUUAUAAAAAGAAUUCCCCUUCAUAGAAUGGGAAAACCAGAAGAAGUGGCAGAAGUUAUUACAUUUUUAGCAUCUUCCAAGAGUUCUUAUAUUAAUGGUGCAUCCAUAGAUGUUACAGGAGGAUUAUAUUAACCUUGUUUAUAACUAUGUUAAAACUACAUAUAUAUUUUUAUAUUUUUAUAAUUAUUAAAAACACAUAAAUUUAAAACACAUUUAAUGAAAUAAUGUAAUUACAAAUAUAUUUAAAAUG